UCAAAAUGGAUGCCUCCAAUUGCGACGUCACUUUGUUAUGAAGAGUAACCGUAUAUAUGUGGGUUUAUUAAAUAUAAUUUUAAUUUAAUUAUAUUGUUUUUAAAAUAAUUCAGUUAUGGCAACUUCUGAGAGUUCAGGCAAUGUUGUUGACACGUCACCUAAACCCCAGUCUUCCGAGAGAUCUGUUACUGUUUUGGAAAAACAGACCCAGAGGCGGAUAUUUAAAAUCAUUGUGAUUGGCGAUUCCAAUGUGGGAAAAACCUGCUUGACAUACCGUUUUUGCUGUGGAAAAUUUCCAGAUAAAACUGAAGCAACUAUUGGUGUUGACUUUAGAGAGAGAAUAGUUGAUGUUGACGGAGAGCAGUUAAAGCUUCAGCUAUGGGACACAGCUGGUCAAGAACGUUUCAGAAAAUCAAUGGUACAGCAUUACUACAGAAAUGUCCAUGCUGUGGUGUUCGUUUAUGAUGUCACCAAAAUGUCAUCAUUUGAGAGCAUGCCAGGUUGGAUUGAGGAAUGCGACAGACACAAUCUGAAUAAAGAAAUACCGCGCAUAUUUGUUGGAAACAAAUGUGAUGUGACAGAUAAAAUUGCCAUUAAUACAAAUUUGGCGCAAAAGUUUGCAGAUUCUCAUAACAUGCCAUUGUUCGAAACAUCAGCAAAAGAUGAAAGCAAGGCUAAUCAUGUUGAAGCAAUAUUCAUGACACUUGCACAUAAACUGAAAAAUGCAAAGCCGAUGAUGCCAGUUCACAUGUAUGGCACAGGCUACUCUAGGAGCAAUGAUGUUGUGAAUAUACAUGAUUCACCGGAGAAACGUGGGCUUCAGAGGGCCGAGUCUGGGGAUGGGACCAGGGAAGGGUGCUCUUGUUAAAACUGUAAAACUGUUAGUGUUUUUGUUAGAAGACAUAGGUAAAAAUUAAAUUAAUUCUGUGUUUUUGGCAAGCUGAACAUAGCUAAACCCCAUUGACCUGAUUUGAAAACAAACCAUUUUUGUUAUAUCUUAAUUCCACAUAUUUUGUUUUUAAACAGAGUUAAUCAUGAUAAUAAUGUUUAACAGUUGUUUUAAAAGUAACCUUAAUCUUUUCAUGAAUGAAUACUGUUUCCUGCUAUAGGUUUGCAAUUUGUUUUGUUCUUAUUGCAAUACUUUAAAGUAAAGUAAAAACUUAUUUCUUAGGUAACCUUAACAAUUUUUAAUUAAUGCAUGAGACACACAUGUUAUGCAUAUAUAUAAUGUCCAAACUUCAAACUUUUUAUAAUUUGUGCUUCAGGAACAUUUUCAUUGUUUUUUGUGACAGCAGAAAACUAAAUGCAUUGAAAUAUUAAAUGAAAGUGAGGAUUUGCUUGCAUUUAAAACAGAGCAUGUGUAUUUGAGUUGUUUUCUGGUGUUGUCUGUUCUGUUAGUUGUAUCUCUUAUGAUUCUUGAUAAGGAUUGAGUUCAUAAUUAACUGUACUCUUCAAACCUCAUCAAAAAUAAGCAACAAAAAAAGGAACAAAAAAAAUCUCGGUUAAAGUAUAAAUAAUCAAUUAAAACUAAGUUAAAACCAAUUAAAUAAUUUUGAAAAAAAAAAAUUAUGUAUAUAAUAAUAUGUAUUUUAUUGUUACUAAAAGUAUAUCAGUAUACUUUUAAAUCGGUCAGUAGCUAAUUAGAGCUGAUGUGAGCUAAUGCUUCUUGUUAUUAUAUAUCAAAGACUGAAAAUAAAUAUUUCUUAAUUGUUUAAAAAAUGCAAUUAUAUUAUGUGUAUAAUGUUCAGUAUACUGCCCUUAAAAAUUCAUAGUACUGUUAAAUGUUUUUGUUGUUUAGUGGUGACAUUUCUCUACCCUUUACCUGAAAAGGAGGAUGUCAUUUCCAUUUAAAGAGUAUAUUGAAAGACUGCGUUGAUAACAAAUGUACUUAAUCAGAACCUUACAUCUUGAGCCAGACUGAAAAGAGCGUAACUGUUGCCCCCGCUGUUGAUUGGUGGGUUAAGUCACUUUAACUUAUUGGAAAAUGCCAUAUGUUAACGGAAAUAAUAAUUGCUAUGAUUUUGAAAAUGAUACAGAAGCAUAGAAUCAGAUUGUAAUUUACCAGUAAAAUCUGAAAAAAAGACAGUUAUUGACCUUACUGGUGAAACCGGAGGGGACUUAUGGUUUGGGCUCUGUGCGUCAGUCUGUCUAUCAGUCCGUCACACUUUUCUGGAUGCUGCGAUAACUUAAAAAGUUCUUCAUAUUUUUUCAUGAAACUUGAAACAUGGACAGAUGGCAAUAUGGAGAUUUCGCAUGUCAAUUCAUUUUGUUCCUAUGUCAAAAAUUCUGGUUGCUAUGGCAACAAAUGUAAAAAAAUAAAUAAAAAAUGACUGACAAUUGUGGAGUUUCACCGGUAGGGGACCAUAUUGCUUGGCAAUUGCUUGUUUACUCAUAAGUAAUUAAAUCAUUUAACCCUUUACCACUUGGAUACAUAUUUUUACGCAUUUGUAGUCUCAUAGAAAGUUCAAUUAAUGAAAGAUCUUUAAAGAUUUUUAGAUUUAAGUUAAAGGUUUCUUUUCCAACCCCUAGAUACUGGUAAGCAGGAAACAGUUUAAAACCUGAACAGCAUGCAAGUUACUCGCAGGCCGUUCUGGUUUUAAGCUGUUUGCACAUAGCCAUUUUCACUUUGCUUCUGAGUGGAAAAGGGUUAAUAUAUGACCUGCAUCACGCAAAAUGGUGUAAUGCCAAUAGCGUGCAGCAUAGCUCGAGCCUAGCAUACACACUUGAACAGUCUAGUCACGGAGCUGUAAAGUCACACAAGGUUUUCUGGUUUUUAGGCAGCCUAUGGCAUAAGGCAAAUUGUCACAUGAUGCAGGUCAUAUAUAUUUAAUGGUCUUGCUUCCAGUAUUUGAUUUUAAAGAGGUAUUACUUUUUGCUCAUAGUUUUAAAUCAUUGAUUUAAAAUCCAAUCUUACUGAAGAAUCAUGAUUUAAUUAACAGCUUGUGACAUGUUUUUUUAUUCUUUUUAUUCAUGAAACUUGUUCCUCAUGACAUAAAACAUUUGGAUGACACGUGAGUUAAAAUGCACAGACAGAUGUUGACAUGUUAAGGUGCACAGGUUUAAAAAUUAGCAACCCCAAGGCAUACUUAGUUUCAUACUGCAAGAUGAUAAGGAAGUGUGUAUUGUUUGGUUAAUUGACAGAAAAUGAUAAUUUCCCAGUUAUACAGAUAGUUAUUAAAAUCUUUAAAUAUAUUUAAUAGCAUUUGUUCCAUGAUUAUGUUUAAUUUCUCUUCUGCAUUAAUGCUUAAACAACUACGGUAUAUUUUAUUCUUUUAAAAUUGAACAAUUUGCUUGUAUUAACCAAGCUGCAAGUCUUAAUUUUUUAGCUCACAUGGGCACAAUGUGCUAAUUAUGAGCUUUUGUUAUCAUCUUUUGUCCAUUGUGCUUUUUCUAUCUUAAAUUGUUAAUAUUUAUUAUGUGAACAAUGUUGUGGUCACAUUUAUUUCCCAAUUUAAAUGAAACUUGGUGAGAGCUUUUGUAUCUGAUUGAUGGAUCGUAGUAAAUGUAAGCUACUGACAAAGUUGUUAGUUUAAUAAUUAAACUGGUGUUCAUAAGCAAGCAACUUGAAAUUGUUCAAGUCCAUUUAAAACAUCACUGGCUGAGGGUGGGGCAGUUUCUGAUGUAUGACUUUAUUAUAACAUGUGUUAACAAGCAAGAAAUCAUGUUUUUAUCCAAUCAUUUUCAAACUAGCUCAGAAUAUUAAAUUUUGUACUCAUAAAAAUUAAUUCCUUGUGAGAUUUUGAAAGUGGUCUGCUGGAAUAUAAGACUGCAUUUUUCCUGGUAUGAUAUAAUGAAAAAUAAUAUGUACCAGCAUUUUGGUGGACGAUUUCAUAAAGAUCAACCAACCAGAAGCCUUCUUUGCCUAAUGUUCAAACUUGGUCAGAACACUUGUUCUAUUAAUUGCAACUCCCACAUAAAAUCUGUGUUAUAAGGUGUAGAAUAGCUUGGUGCGAUUUUUUUUUACACAAGCAUCAUAAAAGCAGAUCUGAUAAUAUCAAUUAAAUUUCUCAGGGUCUCAGGUGAGUGCAAAAAGACCUUUUGCCUUUUGUUUUCCCAGAUAGUUUGCAUUUGUAUUACGCAGGUAUAUCGUCUCUUCUAUUAGUUUGCCAGACAAUCACUUAGUUUGUAUGCUUCAAGUGUUCCAUGAAUCUUUUGUUGUAAUUAGAUAUUUAAACCUGAUGUGUGUGUGUUGGUGGAUGACUACGCCUUGUUCAACUGUGAUCAUGAACAUUGUACAGAACAUUGGCUGAUGUUAAAUCUUAUUUAUUUGUUAAUUGUAUCAAAGAAUUAUUAUUGUACAACUAUUCUAUAUGUAGAUAAAUAGCACCUUAAUAAAAAUUGUGUCACUGAAAGGGUUAAAUAGUUUAGCCGUGGGUUACACAAGUUGAAGAGGGAAUGUGCAAUGUACACAGGUUACAUCUUGCCAACAUUAACCUGACACAAGCCUUUUAUGGCUGUAGUUAAAUAUUGUUCAACCCUUUACCACUUAGAUAUAUAUUUUGACGCCUAUGAAGUCCUUUAGAAAGUUAAAUGAAAUAAGAUACCUUUAUUACUAAAUUAAAGUUGUAAUGGCUUCAUCUCCAAACCUUAGAUACUGAUGAGCAGCAAACAGCAUAAAACCUGAACAGACUGCAAAUUACUCGUAGGCUGUUCUGGUUUUAUGCUGUUUGCACAUAGCCAUUGUAACUUUGCUUGUAAGUGGGGAAGGAUUAAUACUGCAUAGUGAUAAAUAUAUUUGGUUUUGUAGUAGAAUAAGUUACUACAAUUUGUAGUAAAAAAAAAACACACACACACCUAAAAUACUGUUAGACAGUUUCGCAGGGAUAUGUUAUCAGGAAUCCAUGAGUCAUUGGCACCUAAAAUUAAUGCUGAGAUCUUUUCAUCAAAACUUUUAUAUCCUGGGUUACUGAACAACAAAGAAAUGAUGAAAAAUUGGCUUUUCAAAAUGUUCAUUAUAUCCCUGUAAUGAUAUUCAAAGUGCAGAAACUUUUAAUAAGACACAGUUUGAUUACCGUAUGUAGUAUGGAAAAAGGGGCUUGAUGUAUGUGCAGAAAAUGUCAUCCAAGAUAAGCCUGUGCAGUCUGCACAAGCUUAUCAAGGACAACACUCUGCUCCUAUGGAAUUUUUCACUUUAAAAGGAAUUUUCUUUUAAGUGAAAAUCCAGUUUAGACGGAAAGUGCCAUGCCUAAUUAGCCUGUGUGGACUGCAAUGUGUGGACUGCACAGGUAAAUCUAUUUUGCCCCUUUAUUGACUUUUAUUUUAUGCUUUCCUUUGGUUUAUAGAGAAAUAUCAGUAAAUUAAUACUGAUAAUUUCACUGUUUCAAACAGUGAAAAUAAACAGUGAAAAUUAUCGAUAAAAGGACGACAUUUUUUUGAAGAAAUGACGUUAUUAUCCCAGCGAGAAUCUUUAAAUAAACUCUUUAACAAUGUAUAUAAACUGUGAAUAAAAGCAUAAAAAAACAAACAUUGUUGCAUUCGGUGGAAUAACGAUUUUAAUUCACUUGUGAUCAUAGAAAUAUAUAUUUUCACUAGUGGCUGCGCAGAAUUAAAAUUGAUAAUCCACCGAAUCCAACAAAUAUCCUCUAUGUAUUAAGCCCCUUUUUCCAAAGAGCGAGGCUCAUCUAGAAAACUAAUCCAGUGUGCAAUUAAUGCAGAUAGAAGUCACAAGUUUCAGGUCAAUCUUGGCAAGCUUUUUUGGUUAUAUUUCAUGCUGUUUAUUUAAAUGUUUGGGGUCAAGAUGUUAUAUUUUUUAUAUUAGGCUUUGUUGAACAAUAUUUACCGGUAGUCUAAAUGUAUGUAGCAUUAUAAAAAUAAACUUGAUUCAGAAUUUGUUAAGUUUAUUUUACUUUGAAUUUGCUUUGGUAAGAAUAAACUUCACUAUCUAACCAGUCUACAAUACCUACAUGUAAUCUAUGUUGCUAAUGUAUUUUGAACAAUGUGUUGACACCAUACUGUAUAUGUGCACAAGUUUUAUUUUGCAUAAAGUGCCCUGUAUUCGGUUUUGAGCUCACCUAAAUCAACAUGCUUAUGGUGAGCUUUUGUGAUGGCCUUUAGUUUGUCAUUUCAAGUCCAUUGUCUUUCUACAUUUAUUGCCCAAUCUUUGUUAGAAAAGUUUUCCCAAUGAUAUCUCAGCUAAGUUUGGAAUUGGGUCACUUAAUUGUCGAAGACUAGGUGGUAUUCAAUAAUAGCUUGUGAAUGCUCUCCGCCAAGUAAGAUAUGGUUAAUGUCCAUUUCAAAACAGGGGUGCAAUAGGCAGGACAGUUUUUCUUCAGUAGCUUAAGUCUCAGGUGAGUGCCUUUUUGGCUCUUUUGUUGAUUCUAUGUUGUUUGAGAGUUCAACAUCUGAGAUUUGAAUUCAUAUAUAAGAAUCUCUGGAAGGGCAUGGCAUGUAUAAGUUAUUUUGGGAAAUGUUUAUGUUAUGCUUAAAAUCAUUUUAUUCAGGUGUUAAGCAAAAUACACCCAAUGAAACUGGACUAAUACUAGAUACAUUUGUAAGGCAUCAUAAUCUCGCCUUUCAUUUUUAAAGAAAAAGCUAUAGACUGGAAUGUGCCACACAAUUCUACAUUGAACAAUUAUUUAAAGCAUAAUUAUGUAUGUCUUAAUAAUUGGAUUAUGAACGAUGUGCUAUCAUGUUAUCACUGUAAUAUACAUUGCCUUAUGCGAAAAAAAGCUUGCCUCAUUUGGCUUUAGACCCAUUUUCACAUGACACAGCUAAUAUUUACCAAUCCUUGAUUGGCAUCUAUAGUUCUAUCACUUUGUUUCAUGUGGAUUACAAGCUGAUACUUUGUAAAGAUAGAAUAUAAUGCAAGGAUAUUGUUGAGUGGGUUUUGUGAAAAAGAAACUAUAUUGUAGAUAUACUACAUAACAUAGCCAACUAGACUAAAUGUAAGUCCUCAUACCACAAUGCUAGUGUAAUUGUUAUAUAUCAAUUUCUUACUCUUACUUAUUGAGUAUCAAAGAAAAACACGAUUAUUAUUACAAGUCAAGUUUACAACGUUUUGGUAUUGAUACAAGGCAGUAAUCACGGUAUGAGAUGGAAUCAGCACCCUUGUAGGCUAGCGUAUACGGUUUCUCAUAUCUUAUUGUUGAAUACAGUGGUGACAAAACAGCAAUUCUGUAAUAAUAGAAAUAAUUUCAAUGACUUGCAUUAGAAAAUUAUUUCUUAAAACAAGGUUUUACAUAUACAUGUACCAGAUUAUGAACAUUGAAUGGAUUUGGAAUAUCUUCUUAAUUUGUUGAAUCUUGACUCACUGGGUGAGAAUUAAAACUAAUGAUGUUCUCUGCACUUAUGUUUUGUUAAACAUUCUGAACACAUUUAUCAGUUUACUAGCCGGCAAGCUUGCUUAACAUAUUAUUUAGUUGCAUUUUUAUUAUGAACUUACCAGAUAAACUGUUAUUUUGCAUUGUA